UCUGAAGGCGGUUUCAUUCAUUGGAAUGAUUUGAAACAUGCAUUGCAUCCAGGCGUAACUGAAGUGACACCCUCAAGUGAGAAAGGGCCCAAAAUUAACACACUGCAUCGAUCACAGUGGAACGGGGUUUAUGGCGAAGAGGAAGAGGCAAGAGGAAGAAGCAGAGGAAGUCAUCCCCCCAGCAAGAGAUAACCAAUGUCAUUAUUGGGUCAAGCGGAAAAGGAGAUACUGCCAUCUGGGGGUGAAGCCAGGGAAGACCUAUUGUGGGCAACACUCGGUUCUGGAGGAGGGAGAGCCUGGUGAUCGCAUUCCAUGCCCUUAUGAUCCCAAACACAACAUUUCAGCAAAAGAUGUGGAAAAGCAUCUCAAAAAGUGCAACAGCCGCCCCAAACCCUGUCCCCCAUUUCACGUUGACGAUAUCAAUGUUCCUCGUUUCCCACCUACGCUCGCAUCCGAUGAUGCGGAUGGAAUGACUAGUAAAGACCGCCUAAGAGAAUUGCCGCCCCACAUGUUUACUGCAUUAGUGGACAAAAUACGGCGGUUGCAUGCCAAGGUGUUACCAGAGGGAAAGAAUGACUUUGAUACGUUCAUCUUAUCACAUCCCGCAAUGGCCAGUAGACUUGAUAUAUCACACAGUGGAAAACAUGCCACACAACAAUCAUCGCUGCUUGGCCACUUGGAUCGUUUGGGACUCCUCCAGCAGAGUAACGUAUACAUUGAAUUCGGAUGCGGAAAAGGCGAACUCGCAAAUUGGAUACACGUCGCCGUCGGUGACCCUUCCAGAUAUGUUUUGGUGGAUCGUCGCAACUUCCGGCAAAAGUUUGACGCAAACAUCAAACUCGACCCGACAACAUGGGUUGAUCGGCUCUCCAUGGAUAUAAAAGAUCUCGAUCUAACGCAAUAUGGUCGCAUCCGAUCAGAAAAGAGCGUAGCAGUCUCUAAACAUCUUUGCGGAUCCGCAACUGACAUCACUCUCCGGUGCAUCGGACAUUACGUAAAGAACGGUGGCAACAUUCAAGGAGUCGUCAUUGCACUUUGUUGUCACCAGAUUUGUAAAUACGGCAUGUACGUUGAUCAUGAGUAUUUGGAUGAGAUUGGGGUCAACGAAGAGGAAUUUCGGUUCAUGUGCGUGAUGAGUACGUGGGCUGUUUGUGGAAGUCGGGAACAACGGAGGGCUGCUGAGGAGGAGAGUGCUCUUAAAGGUGUCGCAAAUGGGGAGAAGAGCCAGACAGAAGAAGAGGAUGACGAAGAGGCAGAUCAACACACGAUUGAGGCGGUCGAUGCCGUAGAUUUGCAAAAGGACGGUGAACAUUGGUCAGGCCUGUCGUUCUCAGAAAGAGAGAAAAUCGGUUUUCAGUGCAAACGCAUAUUCGAUCAUGGCCGAUUAUUAUAUUUGAGAAGAUUGGGAUUCGAGGCGGACCUCGUGUAUUAUAUUGGUAAAGACAAGAGCUUGGAGAAUCUGGCGCUAGUUGCGCGGUGGAAGGGGGGAGACAGCUGAUACUCUUAGAGCCAUGCACAAAACUGGGCGCAGUUGAAAUAGACGCGAGAGGCAACAGAGCAAAACAGCGAGAUUCCGUUGCAACAAUUUUUUGAACAUUUAUUUACAGAUGUAAACCAUCACUCACUGAUCUUAUUCAUCUCUAAAUACUGUGUGUCGGCAACUUCAACGCGCUGU